AUGAAUCGAAUCAGAGAGACCCUGGCCCGACUGAAGCGCGCCUCACGCGAAUCGCGAGACAAGUCUUCUGGCCCGCGCCUGGAUCGGGUGGGCCGAACCAGCAGUUCUGCCGGGAGUUCGCGUGAAAAGGUGCUGGUGCAGGCAGACGGCCGGGGACCCCUCAUCCUGUAUGACGGGAUCCAGCCCGGCGAAGAGGGAAUCGACAUCGUCUUGGUUCACGGGCUCUUCGGUGCCCGGGUGAGCAGCUGGACGAAAGGAAGCGUCUGCUGGCCGCGCGAUCUCCUCGGCCAGGAUGUGCCCAACGUCAGAGUCAUCGCAUGGGGCUGGAACAGCUUGUUUGGCGGUAAAGACAUCUUUGCUGAGCACGCCGAGACCUUUCUUUCGGAUAUUGCGCGAGUCUGCUCCGGCAUGACUCGGCCCCUCGUAUUCAUCGGCCAUGGCUUGGGCGGACUGAUCCUCAAGGAGGCCUUGGUCACGGCUGCGGUGUCGCGCAUCUACGGCUCACACGUGUCGAUGAGCAAUGCCUAUCCACGGGCAGUCGGGUGCAUAUUCCUGGGGACGCCACACACUAGAGUCGGCAAGCGGUCCCUGGGCGAGUGUAUAGCCGCAGCCGCGACCAUCUCGCCGUCUACGCCGAGUCCACAACUUCUUCGCGCACUGAAGGACAACGAUCAGCAUUUUGAGAACCAGCACAACACUUUCAAGCUUGUUUCCAGAGACAUACGGGUGGUCUGCAUAAGGGAAAAGCUGCCAACCACGUUGACUCUUUCCGACACCACACGAGACUCGAUUGAGACACAGUCUGGGAGGGGGACGGUGCAGGUUAUGGUACCGAGGGAAUCGGCAGCUUAUGAGAAUUUCAACGUGACGAGGGACGACAUGCCGACGAACCAUAUGGAUUUGGCGCGGUUUCGAAGCAGGGAGGUGGGAUAUACGCAAAUCAUUGCUCACAUUGCGAAGAUCACAUCAGGUCCUUCGCAGGACGAGCUAGAGGCACGGGAGCCUCGCAAUCAAGGUAUGCCGUCUCGCUUGCUGUCCCUGGAGUCAGCACAUCCCAGUCCCGCUAACCACAGCCUUCCAGAAAUCCUCAACGCACUAUACUAUGACACUAUGAUGGAACGCGAAUCUCGUAUCGACCGCGCCUACGGCCACACGUGCGACUGGAUUCUGGAUCCCGAGUUGUCCCCGUUCACUUCGUUUUUGAGCUCCCAAGACCCCGUUCUGUGGAUCAGCGGCGAAGCAGGGAGUGGGAAAUCCACGCUCAUGAAAUAUGCUUGGCACGCCGAGACGACGAAGCGGAGGCUCGAGGAGGGAUGGGCCAAGAAUGGCGAACUACUAAUGGCAGCCUUCUUCAUGUUCGAGGGCGGCAACCGGAUCCAAAAGACCUACGAAGGGUUCUUGAGAAGUGUCCUGUACCAGAUCCUGUCUGCGCGGCAGGAUCUCAUCAGGGUCGCCUUCCCCAGUUUCUACGACUGUCCCUGGCCCCCGCCAGUGCAGUUCACCAGCACCACCAACCUCAACCAGGGCUUCUAUUCCCUCUUCUCUCACAUGUCCGAGAGACUGCGGCUUUUCGUCUUCAUCGACGGCGUCGACGAGUAUCGCAUCAUGGAGCGUAAGGACCACUACGAGCAAGCCGAUCUCGAUGUCUCCUACGACAAGGAGGUCGGGGACGAGUCCUGGGGCCGCAGCAAGUGGCGUACGGACUCCAACACCGAGAUCGCCAAGCUUGUGAGCAGCAUGGGGAACAAGGACGUCGCCAAGUUCGUCGUCUCCUCCCGCGAACUGCCCAUCUUCGAGGAAUCAUUUGAGCAGUUCCCGAGGAUCAGGCUCCAGGAGCACACGGAGUCGUCCGUCACACAGUACGUCGCCGGCCGGCUCGAGAACGAGGCCCCGGGCCUGCCGGACAGCAAGAACCUGUGCAGGGAGAUCGCGCGGAAGAGCGGGGGCGACAUACUGUGGGCAAGGCUCGCCAUCGACAUGGUGGCCGAGGGCACUCUGAAGAGCUUGCGCAAGACGCUCAAUUCGUUGCCGGCGCAGCUGGGUGGGACCGAGGGCCUCUACAUGCGCAUGAUCGAGAACUUGACCCCGGAUAAUCAGACCGCUGCUUAUUCCAUAUUUCACCUGGUGCUACGGGCGCAACAGCCACCCACGUUGGUGACGUUGGCUUUCGCCGACCAGGGGUAUCUCGACCCCAACUCGGGCAAGCUGCGCGUAGUCCAGGAUAGCAUACGACGAGAAGAUGUGACAUCGGUCCAGCAGCUGGCGGAUCAGAUGCAGCGACGACUCCAGGUAUGCUGCGCUGGACUCCUGGAGGCCGAAGUGCUCUCGGGCUCCAACCCGAUUGAGGAGGCCGGACAGCGUGUGGUGUUUACGCACCAGACCACCAAGGAAUGGGUAGGGCGGCGGGAUAUCUGGCACAAGCUACCAGGCAUCCAGCAGGUCGGCGACGUCGAUCUGGACUGCGCAUUGCUGAGCGGAUGCGUGCGGACCCUCAAAGCGUUCGAGGCGGUGAGACCGCCGGUGCUGACAUGGCCCAACAUGCGGUUCCGUCCCGACGCGUGGCUCCUCGUCGCCAACUCGCUGCGGUACGCCGAGAGGAUCGACAGCGAGGUCAAAGACGUCACGGCGUACGCGGAGCUGCUGGACGAGCUGAACGCGACGAAUCAACGGGCCUGGCUCGCAGCGCUGGACAACCACAAGCCCCUGGUCGAAGACCCGGACUGGUACGAGAGGAAGCUGCCGAACCUCCGGCGGAAGCACUGGUCGAGCUUCGAGCCCAUGGAGGCCGGCAAGUCGCCGAAGCGGAAAGACUUCCUAUCACUAGUCGUGCAGGCGAACCUGGUGCGGUACGUGGCCCUGAAGCUGGGCGAGAUGGACCGGGACAGCCGGAGGCGGAAGGCGCAGGAGCUGCUCGUGUACGCCGUCAGCCCCAAGGGCGACGGGUUCAGCGCGUGCGUGAACCUGUCGGGCGACUACCUCGACUUCCACCACGACAUGCCGGACACGCGGCUCCUGGACAUCCUGUUCGAGGCGGGCGCGGACCCGCGAGACGACGAGCAGAUCUGGAUGAAGGCGCUCAAGGCCGGGCGGCAUUAUUUCUCGCGAGGAAGCGCCACCAUGACGCACCUGAUGGAGACGUGGGCGAGCAAGCGGCUGAGCCUGAACCGUGAGCGCUGGGUCGCCGCCGUGAAGUCCCUGCUUCUUCACGGGGCAAACCCGCACGCCGAGCUGCAGGUCACAACCGGCAACGAAGAGAACCGGUCGACGACGACGGUCGUGGCCGUCGAUCUGAUCCGGGACACCCUGGAGGGCGAGCCGGAUUACGCGCUGGAUCUGCUGGAGUUGGAGGCGCUGAUGGGACGGAGGGAAAGUGUCGGGCUGGCGCGGUGA